AUGGGGAUCUAUCCUUCAGAAUAUGGUAGAAAUGGAAAUGGCCGAGUGCCUGUCAAAAGCUGCAGUACGUCUUACAACGACUUCAACAUUCAAGCAAAUGGACAAGAAUGGAAAAAGGGUCAAGAUUUAAGGCAAAAUUGGAUUAAGACAGCCACGAGCGAAGAUUUUCGACGGGGGUUUAUUGGUCGUCCACGGACGACAGAAACAAGUCUAGGAGAUAAACCAUAUAACUUACACAAGAAACAAUAUCUACAUGACGAUAUCAUACCGUCAGAACAAAACGGAUCGACUGAUGAAAGUCUGAAAAUACGAACCAAAUACAGAACACCCGUCAUCAUAGUUCUCGUGUCAAGUUGUUUGGUUACUCUUGCCGUUGCUCUUAUUGUGGUGUUUGUCGUUGCCAAACCAGAUUCACCUCAUAUGAUUGUUAUGACCGAGGGAGAAAUUACUGUUCUGCAAAACUUCAGUGAUGAUUUGCACAAUAAACAGUCUGACGCAUACCAUAAAUUUACAGCUGACUUUUCUAGUGUGAUGGAAAAGAGUCUUCAAAAAGAGUUUCCAUUGCGACGGAAGUGUCAUGUAACCAAUCUCCGAAAUGGAAGCAUAAUAGUCAGUUUUGUCCUCGUUUUGGAAAGUGAAAACAAAAAAAUCACUAACUCUUCAUUAAAGACAGUCGUGAAAUCUGCAAUGCGAAAUAACACUGCAGCUGGAAAAAUUCUAUUUGGAAACUUUUUCGUAAAAGCAUCAAGUUUGUCAUUUUCAACAGUAGAUGUUUUGAAAGAACUUUCGACCGCAGCAACAUUGGCAACAAUUACAACCAGAACGCCGACAACGACGAAAACUUCUAUUCCAAAUAAAGCAAGUACGCCAAUAACAUUUACGCAAACUUUAGCAGCAACAAAUACAUCAGCAAGAACAGGGACCACUUCAACCACAACAGCUAACAUCCCAACUCCAACAAUUUCAAUUUCAUCAACAGAUGACACUAAUAAUACAAAUGAAACUAAUCCUGAAACUAAGCCAGGACAAUCAAGUGAAACAACUGAAGAUGAAAAUAAUCUUCCAUAUGCGUCGACAGUAUUGAUAUCUAGUACAGCAUCAAUACUAAGUUCUGAAAAACUAACGAGAGUAAACACGACCAGAAAACCAGGUACAAGCACAACAUCUUAUGGUAAAGCAUCUACUGUUUCUACACCUGCUGAUCCAUCUGCUUUAACAACAGUUACGGGCAGUACGGGGAAUGAAUUAAACAUAGGUACAACAGAUUUCAGUCUGACAAGUCCAACGAUGUUGAAAACGACGUAUGUUUCAUCUGCAACAAUGACAUCUAUAACUACUUCAACUUUCACAGCAGAAACAGUAACAUCCCCUGAUACUGAUGUCACAAAUACUUUUAUCACAACUCGUGCGACUUCGUCGAACACAUAAGCAACAACAAUGGCAAUGUUAUUGUAUAGAGCUAUUGACAACUGUAU